AUGCUGGAGAAAAGGAAGGAACGAGGGGUAGCGAUGGUUUAUUGCCGCUUUUCAGGAACUCCAACGGAUCGUGAUGGAGAGUGGUUGGAGUUUGCGGCACUUGGUGAAGGGAUUUUGAAAGCCAAAAGCAGAAGAAAAAAGGGUGUGGAGAAGAGGGAGAAACCGAAGGCAGGGGUAGAAAAAGCGCCAAAAGCUAGUGUUGAAAAUAAGGUUCUGAAUGCAGGGGAAGAAGAAGCGGUGCCCAACGGAGAUGAAAAAGGUUCAAAGCAAAAAGUGCAAUCGAGUGUGAUCCGCGGGGAUUGGACCGAUGAGUUCUUAAAAAUUGGAGGCACUCCUCCAUCCGAGGUCAGGAAUGUCUCUCGUUUUCCGAGCUGUAUAAAACUGAGGUGGCGAAGGGUGUUUGUAGCUGGUGGGAGGGUUGUUGUAAUAGGUGGGAGGGUGGUUGUAACAGAUCAAGAGUAA